CUCUCUGACGAGACCUGCUGAACAAUAGCUGCAGAAAGAUGUCUCUUUUAUUUCUCUGUCUGCUCUCUCUGACCCCUGCAGUGGCUACCGAAGGGGGUCUCAGUGGAAAAGUGCUUCUGUUUACAGCCAGGACUAACACCAGCUAUGUUAAACUCAUUCCUGAUAAACACCUGAGUCUGUCAGCGUUUACUCUCUGCAUGCGUGUGGCGACGGAGCUGCUGGGAUUUAGGGAAGUCAUCUUGUUCGCCUACCGCACGCCUGAAGUUGAUGAACUCAAUUUGUGAAGGGAGAAAGAUGGCCGUUUCUCCGUCUAUAUUCAGUCUAGUGGAGAUGGAGCACUUCUCCGUCUCCCUCCUCUCUCCAUCUUUCAGACUCACCUGUGUGUGACCUGGGAGUCUGCAACUGGUCUCACUGCCUUUUGGGUGAAUGGACGCCGCAGUUUGUACCAAGUGUACAGGAAAGGUUACUCAAUUCGUCCUGGCGGCACCGUCCUGCUCGGACAAGACCCUGAUUCAUAUGUAGGUUCUUUUGAUGUAGAUCAGAGCUUUGAAGGAGAAAUUACAGAUCUGCAAAUGUGGGACUAUGUUCUGUCCGGCACUCAGAUUAAAGCGGUGUACUCAAACCAGGAACCGCAUGUGAACGGAAAUGUCUUUAACUGGAACACCAUCAAAUAUGAUGCUGUUGGAAAUAUGAUAUUGGUUCAUGAUAACUGAUUCAGAUGUAACACAAAGAGACGGAUGUAAGCUAGUGUGGCUGUGGAGAAAAAGGAAUUUAUUUGUAUUACUUUUGCAUCGCUAUUUUUUUUAUUAGAAAAAUGUUUUGACAAACAACAAAUUAAUCAAUCUUUUUUAAUUGUAUGGGACCAUAUAUUACACAGACAUACUUCUUCUUUUUUUUUACUGUAAUGCAUACUAUUUAGAAGGAACUGCUGACAAGAGGGAAAUAGCAGAAUACGAAUAAAUAUAAUGCGGGGGCCCCUGUUCCAGACUGCUGUCUAAUAAGAAGUCUAGACAUGUCACAAGGAGCAUGAUGCUUGUAGAAGUUGUGAAACAUAUUGAAGAUGCACUAAAUUGUUCAGUUCUGGUAUGCAGAGAGGAGUUGCCGAAAAGAGGAAGUAUGUCUGGGUGCAACAGUUAAGGACUGCAGAAUGACUGAUAAGUGAGGUUACACCAAAACUCCACCUGUUAAGAUCAGUUGUGUACAUAUGCUGGAGUCAGGAAAUGUAUGUUAGUUGCGAACCUCUUGAAUGUAAUUCUUGUAUUGCAUUGAGGUAACAUAACCCAGAGCUCUGUCAUCGAAUUAUUCAUUUAUAUCUAAAAUAAAUUACUAAUAUUUUUGGCAUUGAA